CCUAGAUAACCGGUGAUGCUAUAGCGAUAGAAAAAGGCACACCAUUAGGCUUGAUUAGAUAUCGUAUUGACUUUGAAGCUGACUUAUUAUAAAUUACUGCUACGAAGAGGGUUAUCCAUAUCUCCACCUGUGAGAUCACGGGAUUUUGAUUUGCGCAUCGAAUCCUAUCCUUGAUAUUCGAUCAACGUUCAAUAUGGGGCCCAACCCCGGCGACCUCCACCUCGAGGGCCUCCAUCUGGUAGUCUCUCCCCUCGUUUCCAAUCGCCCGCAGGAAGGAUAGGAGGCCCACCACGAUCCCCUCCACGGGGACCACCUCGACCACCACGUCCUCCGUACCCAUUGUCUCGGAACGCGCGCAUGCCGCCUCCUACCGGCGGCGGUGGACCGGGAGUACUGCGGAGCAUGGGCGCAACCGAACCAUCCUCCAGGGGCGGUAAUAUGGCACAUUCAAUGUAGUCCCCGAUAAUAAAGCGGGCAUCUUGCAAGGCUUUGUCUGCAUCGGAGCCCUGGAAGCGCAUUGGUCCUGCGCGAGGCCGAGCCUCUGCGCGAUCAUCCGCAUCCUCCUCCCCGCGGUAGGGACUAUCUCUCGGUCCAACGAUCACACUCCCCAAGUCCCUGCUCAAGUAUCGGCCACGCGCAUCGGGCCCCAUCAUAGCUGCGCUUCGUGCGUCGGGGUAGAUUAGACGGAAGCAGAGGCGGGUGCCCACGGGCGGAUCGGGAAGUAAUGUGGGAAGGGCGGAGGUGAGAAGCUGUGAGAGUUCGCGGAGUGUGCACGAUUGCCAUGUGUAGAUCUCAAGGUGUGGAGGGAGUGGUGCAGCAGCUGGUGGAGGGGAGGGCGCGCGGAUGGCAUUGGGGCCGCUAACGGGCCCACCGCGGCGCGAAGGAGCGGGGAUGCUAUAGUCGGAGAUAGAGUGGAAGGAAUUGACACGAUAGAAGAGUUUCAGGUGGAAGGGUGUCGUUGUUUGGCGGUUGAUUGGAGGCUUAGUGCCUUCUCUUGAGGAGUUGGCCAUCGCGGCAGGGCGCAGUCGUGUGUCUUGUCAAUGUAGAAAGGAAGGUAGAGCACUGGUUGUUGUGCCAAUCAAGACUGAUGAGAACGAUGAUUGGCGAUCAAGGUCUUGGAGACGAUCUUUGGAGGAAGUGAGUCGAGUGGUGUUGAAAGAAAGAGGGUGGGAGCUUGGAGAGUGGAGGUGAACGGAGAAAACCCGACAUGCGGGCGUCGAAGCUUGUGGCGGUUGGCAGUUCCUUUAGCUUCGAACAUUCUUUCCGCUCUGCCAACUUCAACUUCAACACCUGCGCAUUCCCCACCACCGAUUUACACCUCUAGCCUACCAGUCAACUCUUCCCCGCGGGAUCAAAGACACCAGACUCUGCCCGAAAAUUGAGAGAAGUCUGCUGUCCCGCAGCUAUUGCCAUCAUGGAUUUCGCCGCGCUUAUGUCUAAAGAGAUCUCCAAGGCUAAAGGCCCCUCCACCUCCAAAGCGUCUGCUACAAGCAAAGACAAAGAUACUUCCGCCGAGCCAUCAAAGAAGUAUUUGCGCCGUGCCGAACUCGAGGCCGCGCGUGUCGCAGCAUACAACGAGGAGCAGGAGCGGUUACAGCGGGAACGCGAAGAGCGCCUAAGCACGAAACGCAAGCUCGAGGAGGAGGAAGCAGAGCGAAAGCUGGAGCGAGAGGAGAAGAAGCGCAGGCUUGCAGAAGAGUCCAAGAAGAGAAGGGAGGAGGAAGAAGAUAAAAAGGAGCGUGAGAGGCGACGGAGACUCGGGUUGCCCGAAUUGCCAGCCAAGAGCGACGGCGAGACACCUGCCAGCGAAGAUGCAGACGAAGAUAAUAUCGACGAGGAGGAACUUAUAGAGAAGCUACGGGAGCUCGGUGAGCCGGCUCGGUUGUUCGGCGAGAUCCAUCGUGCUCGACUCCGUCGGUACCGCCGUUUGGUGAAGCGAGCUGCAACUUUGCAGAAGCUGUCGGAUGGCCCGAUUCCCACGAUCCUGGAGCCCGUUCCCGGUGGCCAGAUGAUUAUCGAAGCCAAACCUCCCAAGGAACAGGAUGGCCGACAAUUCCUCUUCCGACAACUUGCAUCCUACUUCAAUAUGGUUCUGUCCGAAUGGGAGCUGGCGUUGGCCAAGCGUGAUGUGACCGUACGAGAGAGCUUCCAAGGAAAACAGGCAUACAAUGCCAUGGUUCAGUCACGAGAGAAUAUGAAGCCGCUUUUCCGCCGAUUUGAGAAAGGUGACCUGGAGGAUGGACUUUUGGAACCGAUUGUGGAAAUCGUGCACAAAGCGCAGCAGCGGAGAUACGUUGACGCCAAUGAUGCCUAUCUUCGAGUGAGCAUUGGAAAAGCUGCCUGGCCCAUCGGUGUGACCAUGGUUGGUAUUCACGAACGAUCUGCUCGCGAGAAACUUCACCAAAGCGAUCAACAAGCCCACAUUCUCAGUGAUGAGGCUACGCGGAAGUACUUGCAGAGCAUUAAACGUUGUCUUAGCUUUGCACAGGUGCGCUGGCCCCCCGAGGAUCAGUUGCAGAUUAUGGGUUAGGGUCGUCUUGGAUGUUGUUAUCAUGUGGUAUAUACCCUAGGCGUUAUUAGUCUUGAAAACAUUGCCCGGAAUCUCAGCAUUUCGCUGCUCAAUGAAUUACUCGGUGUCGGUAGUAAUGAUGAAUGAAUCCAGU